AUUACCACUAACCAUGGCUUCUUCUUCUCUUUUCCUCAUCUUCUUCUUCUUCCUCUUUCCACUCUUGUUCAUCUCCCACGCCACCGUUCCUCCCUCCGACACCUUCCGAUACGUCAACUCCGGCGCUUACGGAGAUUCUGAAGAAACCCAGACCGAAUACGACCCAACAUACCGUCCUCUUCCACCGUUCACCACCCCUUUUCAGCUCUGUUUCUACAACAACACCCCCAAUGCCUACACUCUUGGUCUACGCAUGGGUCUCAGACGUGAUAGAUCCCUCAAGCGUUGGGUCUGGGAAGCCAACCGUGGAAAUCCCGUUCGUGAAAACGCCACUUUCUCCUUUGGCUCCGACGGAAACAUGGUCUUGGCCGAUGCUGAUGGCCGGAUUGCAUGGCAGACCAACACCGCAAACAAAGGUGUGGUUGGGUUCGCCAUACUCUCAAAUGGUAACAUGGUGCUUCGUGAUGCUAAAGGUAACUUCAUCUGGCAGAGCUUUGAUUCUCCAACAGAUACCAUCUUGUUCGGCCAAAGUCUCCAGAUCGGAGGUCCUAAUAAGCUCGUGAGCAGAGCUUCCACGACGGAAAACGUUAACGGGGUGUAUAGUUUCGUAUUAGAGCCUAAAAGAUUGGCUUUGUAUUACAAGACCAUGCGUUAUUGGUCAUCCACCUUCACUGAAGUGAACAAGGUCAACGGGAAUUUGGUUAAUGCAACGUUAGAAAUUGCGGAAGCUGAAUACAGUGACAGCAAUUUUAACGCGCUCCGUUGUCGUCUGUCGAACAACGGUGCACCUACUCUACUUCUGGAUAUACUGAGAUACAACAGCACGUUGUCGUAUCUCCGGUUGGGUAUCGAUGGGAACCUAAGACUGUAUAGUUAUCGUCAAAAUACCAAUGCAGCUGCGUGGAGUCUGUUGUUCACUUGGUUCAACAGAGGGUCGAGCGAAAGAGGGGAGAAUAUCGAAGACGAGUGCCAACUACCCAAUCGGUGUGGGAAUUUUGGGCUGUGUGAGGACAGCCAAUGCGUUGGAUGCCCGACACCGAAUGGGGUUGUUGCGUGGAGCAAAGAUUGUGCUGCAAAGGUGCCGGGAUGUGAUGCGAGUGGUUUUAGAUACUACGAGCUCAAAGGGGUGGACCAUUUUACGGUGAAAUACAGUGCGGGGACGGGUCCGGUGAAGCGGAGCGAUUGUGAGAGCAAAUGCACGAAGGACUGCAAGUGCUUGGGGUAUUUCUAUCACACGGAUCGAUCGAGAUGUUGGAUCGCUUACGAGCUGAAAACGUUGACGAGAGUUGGGGAGUCGAGUCAUAUGGCGUACAUCAAAACGCCCAUCCGAUAAUUGGGUCAUAAAUACCGAGAAUAAGGAAGCUUUUUUUUUUUUUGUUGUUGUUGAAGAAAUGCACUUAUUUUGUUCCUUUUCUGUGUUUAUUAUUAAAUAAUGAAUUCCAUGUCA